AGAGAUGUCUUCUUCUGUCAGCAUGGUGUGGACGGGCGACGUCUCGGAGGCAGCCGAGUGCUCCGAGCUGUUCGCGCGACGCAUCGCCCUCCUGAGACCGGUGCGGUGCGACCCCACGAUCGACGAGGACAACGUACGGUACGUGCAGACUUCUCGAGAGGCCGAGCUGACGGAACGCGUCUGCGUCCGAGACUGCGUGGUGGCGUUGGCCACUGCCAAGCUGCGGCGUCACCUGUGCGUCACCGCCAUCAAGGCCGCGGGACCUCGGCGAGCCCUCGUACUCGGCGAGCACGUCGGCGAAGCCGACGACUUCCUCGGCUUCCUGCGGAUACUUCUCCCGGCCGACGUGCGCGUUCUCGGGCGACCGACGUCCUGCUGGUCGCGGGCCAUGUUCGAAGGCGUGCGCCUCGUGGAACCGGACGUCUUCUUGGAGUUCGUGUCCAGGGGCUUGCGGCCGUCCAGCGACAUGUUCGGGGUCCUGAUCCUGCUAGACUUUCAGCACUACCUGGAGCCGGAACACCCGUACCGCAAGAUAGUCGCCGUGAUUCAAGACUGUCGGGACGAAGAACGAGAAGGGUCGUCGCAGAGCAGGAUGCGGCUGCUCGCCAUUGUCAGCAAGCUGGACGUCUGCAAUCUCGAUUCCCUCGAAUCGGUGCUCAAAGUUCUGAGGACGCCCAUGAGGCUGACUUGUUGCCUCGGAACGGCAGGCAGGCCGCACUCGAAGGAAAUAGAAAUACAGGUGCGCAAGCUUCAUUUAGACCACCGGAUCUUGAAGCCAGCUGGAACCGCUCCCUUCUUCGACGCCGACGAGGUCAACAAACUCGGCAAGACCCUGCGGGAGCACGGCUUCCUUGCGGCGCACCUGCAAGCCGAGAAGAUAGUCGCAGCCGCACCGAGACCCGUCCCGAGAGAUUUCGUGUCCCAAUGCAGAACUCGGCUCGCCGCUCUCAAGGCCACCGCAGUCAAGGAGUGCUGCCGAGGAAGGACUCUUGCCCUGGUGACGUCGACGCGGUUGCUGCGUGACCUGAAGGAGCACAUCCGGAGAGACGGUUCCGUUCCACUCGUCGAAAGCCAGGUUCCCGCCAACGUCUCUCCGGAAUCUUCCAUUGUCCUGGUGGCCACGACGGGAGACCUGCCGACGGUGUCGCGUCACAGCUGGGGAGCCGUCGUGCUGUGCGACCUGCCUUUCGGCGUCGCCUGCGACGCGCUGCUCAAGAGGGCCUCCAGCGUAGUGGCCCUCGCGGCGGACCACGAGUGGAGGGCCUGGAAGGAAACCCUCCAGCUGCACGAUGACUUGGAGCUUCUUCUGCAGCGUGUCAAUGAGUGAGCGCGCGUAUGGAAACGAGAAGAGCAGAUUUAACCACCAGCAUCUGCGUCAUUGGACAGACAGCCUCAAUACUGCUUCGCCAAUGCAUGCUUCAAAUGAUACGUGUACAAAUUAAGGUCGAUGCAUCGACGUGAAUGCACGUGAAGGGUGAUCUCGCUUUUAAUAAAUACAAACGAGCGAAUCGAUGAGUACAAGAAAAACGAAUAUAUUGAUAAGAAAGGAGAUUUACGAAAUAAAAUUGUCUCGUUCAAAAUGCGUAUUCGACGAUGUACCAGUGUGCUUCGGUGUGACUGAAGAAAGCGCACGGAGUCUUUGUUUUGGCUUGCCUGCGGCCCAGAUAAAGGGGCUUUUGCUUUGCACAACGUUAUGUAUCUGGCGAAAAUACAAAGCUUCAUUUGGUCGCCAUCAGAGUAGGUGUUUUAUUCGACAAUAAAAUAUCCAGAGUUUGCCAGUUUCUCUUUUUUUAGGCAGGAACGACACCCUCGGAAACCUGGCGUGCGCAGGACGUGCUGCCCUCACGGGGCUGUUUGCCUGCGACCCCGGCGUCGCCAUAAAGAUUGACCCCUAAAACUCACUGCCCUCACAGGCCAUGGGCCGAUUCCUUCUUGGGCGUGUAGCAUAGGCCAAGACGGGCUCGAAAUAAGCAGACAAUGCGCGACACCUGAUACGCAGUCCUCAGCGGCUGAACAGAAGACGUCGGUACUGGACAAUACAAAAGCAGCAGCAACGAUUGCUG